UAUUCGAAUUAGGUGGAACUGAAACCAAAACCAAAACCAAAACCAAAACCAACUAGAAUUUGAUCCCUAAUCUCGAUCAUCACUAUUCAGUCCCACUCUUUUGUCUGCGUUUCCUCUCCGCAGUGCGUACCCCUUUUUUUGGUUCCCACUUCUGUCGGGAUUCCCUUUCACACUUUUUAAUCCUUUCCAACCCCAAAUUCCCUUUAAAAAAACUGCCCAAAACUUAAGGAAAACAUCAACAAAAGUGUAAUUGUGUAGGAAGAAGAAACAAAAAUGGCAGCAACCACAAGAGUAAUAACUGUUGCACUGGAUGGAAGUGGCGAUUACAGCACAGUCCAGGAAGCGGUUGAUGCUGUCCCGCUUGGGAACACAUGUCGAACUAUCAUUCGUAUUUCAUCUGGGGUUUAUAGACAGCCCUUGUAUGUACCCAAGACCAAGAAUUUCAUUACUUUUGCUGGAUUAUCUCCUGAAAAUACUGUUCUUACUUGGAAUAACACUGCCACUAAAAUUGAUCAUCACCAGGCAUCAAGAUUGAUUGGAACUGGGACUUUUGGUUGCGGGACUGUGAUUGUAGAAGGUGAAGAUUUUAUUGCUGAGAAUGUUACAUUUGAGAAUUCUGCACCUCAGGGAUCGGGACAAGCAGUGGCGCUGAGAGUGACAGCUGAUCGUUGUGCGUUUUACAAUUGCCGGUUCUUAGGGUGGCAGGAUACAUUAUAUUUGCAUUAUGGGAAGCAUUAUUUAAGAGACUGUUAUAUUGAAGGAAGUGUUGACUUCAUAUUUGGAAAUAGUACUGCUCUAUUGGAGCAUUGUCAUAUUCAUUGCAAGUCAGAGGGUUUUAUAACUGCACAAAGCAGGAAGUCAUCACAAGAGACCACUGGUUAUGUUUUUUUAAGGUGUGUGAUCACCGGCAACGGAAAGGUGUCAUAUUCAUUCCUUGGACGACCAUGGGGACCUUUUGGAAGGGUGGUUUUCGCGUAUACUUACAUGGAUCAGUGUGUUAAGCAUGAGGGUUGGCAUAAUUGGGGCAAGUCUGAGAAUGAAAGGAGUGCUUGCUUUUAUGAGUACAGGUGUUUUGGACCGGGAAGCUGUCAAUCAAAGCGGGUUGGAUGGGCCAGAGAAUUGAUCGAUGAAGAAGCCGUACAAUUUCUUGUGCAUUCUUAUGUAGAUCCCGACCCACAGAGGCCUUGGUUAGCUCCAAGAAUGGGUAUCAGGAUACCUUACUCUGCUUGAAGUAUCUUCCUUCCUUCAACAUUACUUUGUAAAGCAGCUGGAGGUUAAUAAGAAUGAGACAGAAAGAUAAGGGGUGGGAGUGUUUGUAGGAAAGGGUUUUGGGAAUAAUAUAUAGUAGUAUGAAUUAUUUUAUAAGUUUAAAAACUUACUUCUAAAGCUCCACUUAUUUUGCAUUAUUGUCAUAUGUAAUUUAAAAUAAUAUAAUAUGAGUGGAAUGGAUGACUACUUUGUAAAUAGGGGUUGGGAGUUUUCAAGUUUGUGGAGCAAACUUACAAAACAUGAAAUGUUUGUUAUAUUAUCUUUUAAUCAGUUUAAUUGUCUUA